AAUCAAAACAAAAGCAAAAACUUUGGUUGGAAAAAUCAACCCUACUCCAACUAAAUGUAUAAUUUUACUUUAUUUUUCAUAUUUUGCUUUAAAACAAUUGGGGAGAGGAAAAAAUCUUAAUUGAAUUAACAAAACAUUAACGAUUUAUUCACCGGAGACAAAGAAAAUCAAAAAGCUGGGAAAUAAGUUAUUUCAUUAAAUUUAUUGCAAAAUUAUUAAAUAAAAGUAGGUGUCUUUUGUGUUAUUCAGUAAAAAAAUGCUUAAUGGUUGGGAGCAUCAAUGCCAAACAUAUUAUGAUUUUUAUCUCAGGAUUCAAUUAGCAGAAAAUCCGCCUCUUAUAUAUUUUUGCUUGAAAAUAAAAAAAAACAUGAGACGCGCACGCCACAUAAAUAACGUGGAAACGUUUAAAUUCAGUCAAAUGUCCUCGUGGGGGCGCUGUUGUAGCUGCAAAACUCAUGUGAGAGAUAAAAAAAAUCCCCACUAUCCAUUUUCAUUUUUAAAAGAAAAGGGCGUGUCUCGAAACAUAUUUCCGAGCCGUCCUUAAACGCAACAUCCCACCUGAGUUCCUCGACGCAGAAACAGAGAAAACAGAAAACAUUUCCACGCUUUUCCUUUUCCUUCGAGGUUCCCGAGCUUCAACUCUUUGUUUGUUCCCUCUUUCAAAGUGAAAGCAUGUGGACACUCCUCGUGUUUUUCUUCUUAACCUUCCAAACAGGAUCCAGUGAGAGUUCUUGUGAAGUUGUGAUCAGCCCCCAACAGAGUGUGGUUAAGUUUGGAGACCCCCUCACAGCCAUCUGCAAUGCCUCAGGCAGUGAGAUUGAAGGAAUGGGUUGGGAGUCUACAAAGAAUGGCACAGAGUUUACAGAAGGGAUUUCUUCUUUGCCACUUAAAAUCGACAAAGUGGAUGUUUGGAAAAUUGAUCCAAUGUGCUAUGCCAAUACCCCUGAUGACCAGUGUACAACAGUCCUAGAAGUCACGGUUUACAAAACCCCAGAUAGUGUGUCUGUAUCCGAGUCCCUUGAUGAAAUUGGCGUCAUGAGGGAGGGUCAGCCAUAUGAAAUAGCGUGUUCGAUUUUGAAUGUCGCACCAAUAAGAUACCUCUCUGUGAUUUGGUACAUUGGAAGUGUAUCUGUUUAUGAAGAACAUUUUAACCGUUCGGAUGAGCGUCCGAUCAAUGUGUCGUCUGUCCUCAAAAUGACGGCCAAUGGAAGCCAUGAUGGAAGUGAGAUCUGGUGCACUGCUAAGCUCAACUUGCAGACAGAGGGUGGUCCUCCUUCAAGAGAAUCAGUUCAGCAUCGGUUGACUGUACUCUACACACCUGUUUGCUCUGAGCCUGCGAACGAGACGCUGGAAAUUCCUGCAAGGGGAAAUGUAACAUUAAACUGCAGCGCCAAAGGGAAUCCGAAGCCAUCGUACAGCUGGCAUUACCCUCAAAACAUGCCAAGCACAGCCAUAAACGGGGACCACAGCAUCCAGACUCUGUCCUUUGCAGUUCCGGGGGUCUACACUUGUACUGCCUCAAACUCCCAGGGCACCACCGUCAAAUAUUUCACUCUCGUUGAAGCCGAAAGAGACCGAACAACCUUUUUAGUCCUGUUGGGAGUAUUUUUGACCCUCGGAGUCCUGAUAAUUGUUGGCGGUGCACUUUUCCUGACGUCUAGUGGGAGAUUUUCCUUCAAAAAUUGUCCUCCAGGAAGUUCUUCCGUUAUAUGAGGAGGAUUUGGGGUUUUGAAAAUUUUUAUUUCAGUAUUGUGAGAUGUUGCAAAAAUGUUUCUGGACCUCAAAUGACGGUGUUUGUCCUGCAUGCUCUGUGUGUGUCUUUAAAAACUUUACUAACCAACAUACGAAAUGAUAACUUAACAAUGGAGCAACUUGACCAUCAGAGCUUUAAAGUAGAACCAUGAGCCCUCUACUUUGUGGUACUUUUGAGGGAGAUCUCCUCAUGUUCUUUACUUUCUGUUUCUGUCUCUAUCAGUUGAAUCAUGUUGUAGAUGCCUCACUAACACACAUUUUCUGUUUUUACAACGUUAUCUCAUUCUCUAACAGGAUUUUCAACUCGUUGCCAGGGUCAGAGAUAAGAGUGAGAGAUUUCAAGCCCAGAUUCAGUUGAAUUCUGACUCACAAGUUCCUGAUUAAGGUGGAAUCUAGUUCUGAAGUUGUUUUUUUAGGUUAACUAAACAGUUUUACAAAUGAGAUGGUACAGACAUAACACACAUGCCUCUACUUUAAUGAAAUAAAUGACAACAAAUAUUCUGCAUUUUUAGACUUUAAAACACUAUUUUGAUGGUUUUGCUUGUAUUUGCACAAACCCUCCACCUUAACUUCCUUAAGGUAGCUGUGUGUGUGUAUGUGUGUUUAAAUUAUUGCAAAUAUUUGUGGUAUUUAGCAGUAUUUAAACUGCACACAUUAUCGCUUUUUGAAACAUGUUUAUUUCUCAUGUUUUUUUUUUUAAUCCAAAGUAUUGCCAAAGUAAGAUUUUGCUGUCAGGCCUGAAUGUAAUCUUGUUACAGCUUAUUCUGUGUUUUGGACAUUUUAGAAGUCAAUAGUAUGUCUUAAAUGUUUUUUUUUAACUUGUUUUAAAAUGUUGCCCUGUUUUAAAGCAGAAAAAAUAUUAUUUAUUGUGAAGCACUUUGGUAUGCUGUAAGGAGUUAUAAAGUGAAAUAUUCAUUAUUCAUUCAUUCAAAUGUUAUAGAUUAAGACUUUCCCAAUACCACAAUUUAGUGAGCAUUUUUAACGCUCUCUUUCUUUUAUUGGGAAAACUUGAAAAUACAGCAGGAAUAAUACAGUUUUAAUUGAAAAAAAAAAACUGCUUAAAGGAAAUAUAUAUUUACUUGAAAAGUCAUUAAAAUUUAAAAAGUGUUGCCCCAAUUAAUGUUGUGUAUUUGGAGAAAAAAAAACGUAAGAUUUGUCCAAUACUCGACAACUUCAGAUGGAACUUUAGAAAUUAAAUAAUACAACCAGGAACAUUAUAGUUUUAAUUAUAAAAUCUGUUUUGAGAGGAAUAUAUAAUGUGUUUUUCCCAGUAUAUUAUUUAGAAUUUCUUUCAUUUUUUUCACUUGAAAAGUCAUUCAACUUUGAAAAGUGCUGCCCCGAUUUUCCAACAUCUGACUGUUUUAGGAGUUUGGACCACAUUACCUACAGCAGUUUUUUUAUCAGGUAGUUUUGAAUAGAAAUGUAUUUUAAAGGCAAAUUUAUGUGAAUAAACCCAAGAAGUGUACAAAUGCAAGGCUGUAACCAAAGGAAAACAUCUGGUGUCAAAGAUAGGACAUUUCAACAAAAAAAAUCAAGUUGGACGUCCUUUCUUUAGGUACCAAGUGUGGAAGCUUUAACCCAAAUUUCUCUGAAGUCAUUUUAUACCCAGAUCUGCUCACAAAACUUGAUCUCAGUGACAUGGUUCGUGAUCUGUGUUUUAAAUAUAAAUUUAUAUAUAUAUAUAUAUAUAUAUAUAUAUUUUUUUUUUUUUUCAGGCAGCAUUGUUUUUGCUCACAACAGUUGCAUGUAAUGAUGAAAAUGAUUUUUAUUGAUGUUGUAUUUUUAUUAUCUUUACUGUGUAUAUAUUAACAAUUACAUUUUUGCUAUAUUUUCUAUUUUAUAUCUGUAUGCAUUGUUACGCUUUUGGACUGUUAAAUAAACUCUGUUCUGGUAUCCCAAACAUGCUUGUUUUUUAACAAAUAGAUUUGUUUAUUUUAAAUGUCUACAGGACUUUUACUUUGAAAAAUGUACAUUCCAAACUAUAUUUUUUAAGGCAUAUAACCUUAUUUUUUGCUUUGUUUCCUUUUGUGUUACUGAUGCCCCUAAGCUGAAUACUGAUUAAGGUAAAGUCAAACUAGUCAGUGUUUUCCUGCUGCCCUUUGUCAAUCUGUCGGGCCUCUUUUUCUGUCUCUUUGAGGCCAUCCAGUGCUGAGACUGCCAUACUAAUUAGUUCCCAGCAAAGUCAAUGUAAAGGGAAGUUUAUAGAAGUCUUUUCCUCCCUGCAAUAGACAACAAAAAGCUUUUCCUGAAAUCUUUUAAGUUCUGUCGCUGUCAUUACCCAAAAGUAGGCCAACUGUUUGUUUAUGCUCUGCCUGUGUUGCCAUAACAACCUGGCAGAGUACAUGCAGCUGAAUGAGUCAUUGACAGAAAAGAUAAAGCUUUUACUAUGGAUAUGGUUCUAGGGAAACUUGAAGCAUUUUUUAGGCUGCAUGCAGCACAAUCUUUCGGUUGAGAUUUGCAGCUGUCUUCAUAAAUACACAUGAAGGCAUUUGUAACUUGAGAUAUCUCACGCUGCAGUUUCAGUUCGGGUUGUUAUGCUGUGUAACAUUCUAGUCACAGUGCAGGUCCUACAAGCUUAAGCAUAGGGGCCAGAAGCAGCAGGACACAAGCAUGCAAGACAGGGGAAAAUAACCUAACUGAAGGAAAUAACAUGGUUUUGUGGAAAAAUGUAACUGUACUACAGCUUUUAUAAUGAAAAUCUACAUGGGUUUAUAUCCACAAUUGAAGAGGUUUAUAGAAAAGAAAACCACACAAAAAAAAGAAUUAAGAUUUACUUAAUGCCACAAAAAAUUAAUGAUCACGAUUGGAGAUCGGUUGAAGCUUUUGAAGCCCUUCGUUUCCAGCUUUAGGACAAAGUAGUGUUUUAUUUGUCAAUCAGCUGUUAAAUUUCCCUCUUUUUCUCCCCCUUUCCCCCCUCCCAUCCCUGAAGUCAGCUGGGAAAGGGCUUUGUGUUGGUCCAGCAUAGUUCCCUGCAGAGUUGCCGAGGUUGUUCAAGAAGGAAUUUCUCUGUCUCUCGACGAAUCCAUUUAAAAAAAAAAAAAAAAGAAAAAAAAAACAUGGGAAAUAACGUCCUAACGUGGAUUCUGGUUGUUUGCAUGUCUUCCUCAGCUUCAGGUGAAGGAUGCUCCCUAGUCCUCAAGCCUUCCAGGGUUGUGGUGGGCUUUGGGGAGUCGGUGUCAGUCAGCUGUGAAGCUACACGACCGGUUCAUGUGCUGGGCUGGGAAUCUGUCAUCGGUGCCUCGUACACACAUGAAAACCGCUCCGUCCAGUGGAAGGUGGACAGCCUUAUAGACUGGAUUGAGGAGCCUAUAUGCUACGGGGUGUUUUUCACAGCUCCACGACAGUGUGAGGAGAAGCUCAACCUGGUUCUCUUUAAAACUCCAGACAGAGUCUCCAUCAGGCAUGUGAACCACAGCGGCCCCAUGGUGGCAGGGAAAGAGUACGAGCUGCUCUGUGAGGUUCAGAAUAUUGCUCCUGUUCAGUAUCUCACCCUGAGGUGGUACAGAGGGCAGACGGAGGUUUAUACCCACUCGUUUGUUGACUCACCGUCUUCCUCACCCGCCCAAGUCUCGUCCACCCUCGUAAUCACUCCAACCCAAAGCGAAAAUGAAGCAGAGUAUAAGUGUGUAGCAGAGCUGGAGCUCGGACCUGAGGGGCCACAGCCACCUCCCUCUGUAACCUCAGAGCCUCUAAUUGCAUCUGUGCACUUUCCUCCAACAAUCCUCAGUCCUGAAACAGAAGUUUUGAACUUAACUUUGGGUAAUGAAAUCACCCUAAACUGCACAGCCACAGGAAACCCUGCACCUGUUUACACGUGGCAAUCCUUGCAUCCCAUGCAGGAGAAGAUGAUGGAUGAAGCCGUGGUUACCUCUUCUUCACUUCUCCCAGGAACCUACACCUGCACUGCCUCAAAUCUACUGGACCAGAAAAGCAAGCAGUUCAUUAUCAAAGCAAAAACCAAAGGUAUCUGAGGCAAACUACCUUGCAUGAAGGUCAGAAGACGACAUCCGGCGUGCAGAGAGCAAUGCUCUGAGAAGAUUUCACUGUUGUUUUCAGCACGGAAAUGAUGCAACCUUUUACAAUUCAGUGGAUAUUUAUGUAAAGUUAGAUUUCACAGGCAAGACCACAUUAAAAAAUGUUUUUGGCAAUUUCAUUUUUAAUGUGUUAGAUACAUUUUUAGAAUUGUAAUUCUUUUUCUUUUUCGUGUUAUUUUCUUGGUCCAGUUUAUGUGUUGGUUUGUGUACUUGACUAACAAAAUACAGCUUUGGUAAAUAACAAAAAAGAAUAAAUGAAAAAAUGUUUCAGUGGUUGCCAUUGUA